AUGUGGUGUAUCGUUGAUCUGACAAUCCACACCAUACCAUCCUUCAUUUUGCCACAGAUACUGUCACGUAGUGUUGUUCAGAGCGUGCUCUCAGUUGAACAGGCCGAGGGUGCCGGUGCCCGUGUGCGCCGGUCUAUUGGAGGUAGACAACUGCGCAACUUUGACCCGUUUCUAAUGCUGGAUGAGUUCAAGGUUAAGGCCCCCAAUGGCUUUCCCACGCAUCCACACUGGGGAUUUGAAACAGUCACGUACAUGCUCCAGGGGGCCGUUUCCCACGAAGACUUUGCCGGCCACCAGGGAGUUAUAUAUCCCGGCGAUUUGCAGUGGAUGACCGCGGGACGGGGGAUCAUGCACAGUGAGAAACCGUAUGGCACAGGGGAGUCAGCAGGUCUGCAACUGUGGGUGAACUUGGCGAAGGAGUACAGAAUGGUCAAGCCAGCGUGCCAAAUAUGGAUAUCUAUUUGUUGGUACGAACUUAGAAGCAAGGACAUAAGCAAAGUGGAGAAGGACGGUGUGCACAUAGCCGUCAUCGCAGGCAAGGCGAUGGAUGUGGAGAGUGUGGUGUACACACGCACCCCUACAAUGUACCUGGACGUCACAAUGCAGCCCGGAAGCAGCUACAGUCAGGCAAUCCCCAGUGAUAUAGCAUAUGUUUAG